AUGAAGAAAUUAAAGAAGAGGGUGAUGAAGCCAAUCAAACGCCUCAAGAAAAUCUUCAACCGCUGGAAAUCGAAGCGCGUUUACUACUCCUCCGAGAGUAGCAUAUCGGCCACUUCCUUGCUCGGGAUCAACGUGGGGCCCGAGCGUCGCAACAUGAACAUCCCGUACGGGUACCUCGCCCUCCCGGUGUUCCAGGCGCUCAUCGAGCUAGCCAACGGGAUGUUCGGCCACACGAACCCUCAGGCCUAUACGCUCCCUUGCGAAUCCAUCCUCGUCUCCAACAUCCUCACCCUCCUCAACCGGGACGAGGAAAGGUUUCGCGACUACAGCCUCGAUGAUUUCAUCGACCACUGCUUCGAGUCGCCAAAUUGGCCACACGUUUAG